ACCAACUCUCUGGUCUCCACUGCAGGACCAGCCGACAAGGAACUAGUAAGGCACUACCAUUUUCAUUUCUUUUUCCCUUUAAAUAAUAGUGAAUGAAGACAUAGAUUCCGUUCUCCAUUGGCAUCUAAAUCCGACCCUGUUUUCCUACUAUAUUCUCAAUAACUCAAUCCUUAACAGUACCUUCAAACUCAAAAAAAGGAGUCUUUAAACCGUUCAAAAGUUUACUUGCACUGCACAUAGAGGUACACUUUGCAGGUCAGUGUAGCAACUUUCCUCUCCUCUUGCAAAAUAUGAAGCUUAUUUUGAUACUCCUUUUGCCGUUAAAUGUAUCAAUUCUCUUUGUUUCUGCAUUAAACUCUGAUGGGUUGGCUUUAUUAUCUCUAAUGAAGCGCUGGACAUCUGUGCCUUCUUCAAUAACCACUAAUUGGAGUUUCUCUGAUGCCACUCCUUGUUCAUGGGUAGGGAUUGAAUGUAACAAUAAUACCCACGAUGUAAUUUAUUUAACUCUUUCUGGUUAUUCUAUUUCUGGUCAAUUGGGACCUGAAAUUGCAAAUUUGACCCAUUUGCAAAUCCUUGAUUUGAGCAAUAAUAGUUUCUUUGGUGCGAUUCCAUCACAGCUAAGUAAUUGCUCUCUGCUCGAAAGUUUAGAUCUUUCUCAAAAUUUCUUUACUAAAGAAAUACCUUAUAGCUUGCAAAACCUGCAGAAUUUAAAGAUAUUGAGUCUUUAUAGUAAUUCACUAAAUGGAGAAAUUCCUGAAUGGGUUUUUCAAGUUCAUGGUUUAGAGAAAUUAUUCUUGGAUUCAAACAGUUUUAAUGGUUCAAUUCCUCAUAAUGUUGGGAAUUUGAGCGAGGUUUCUGAAAUAUGGCUAACAAGCAAUCAAUUAGUAGGUAAUAUUCCUGAUUCAAUAGGGAAUUGUAGUAAAUUGAAACGACUUUUUUUGGGUGAGAAUAAAUUGGUUGGACUUUUGCCUCAGAGUCUGAAUAUUCUCGAUAAUCUUGAAUAUUUAUAUGUCAACGACAACGGUCUUGCGGGUGAUAUUAGUUUUGGUUCGGGCAAUUGCAUGAAUUUAAAAAUUCUAUAUUUGUCAUACAAUAGCUUUAGUGGAGGUCUUCCACCAGGUCUGGGCAACUGUAGUAGCUUAGAACAGUUGAUCAUUGGAGGUAACAAAUUAAUAACGGGCAAUAUCCCUUCUUCUUAUGGCUUGCUGGGUAAUCUUUCAAUGCUUUACCUUUUUGAGAAUAGUUUGUCUGGGAAAAUCCCACCUGAACUUGGGAAGUGUGAGAAAUUGAAAAAAUUGAAGUUAUAUACUAACCAACUUGAGGGGGAAAUUCCAAGUGAAUUGGGAAUGUUGAGUGAACUGACGAAUCUUGAAUUGUAUGAGAACCGAUUGACCGGUGAGAUUCCAAUUAGUAUCUGGAAAAUUCAAAGCCUGGAACAUGUACUUUUGUAUAUGAACAAUAUUUCAGGUGAAUUACCCUUGGAGUUGACACAACUCAAGCAUCUAAAUGGCCUCAUGUUGUAUAAUAACCGGUUCUUUGGAGUCAUACCUCAAAGUUUAGGAGUUAACAGUAGCUUAGAGGUACUGGAUUUGAUGUAUAACCAGUUUACUGGCACAAUUCCACCAAACCUUUGCUUUAGGAAGCAUUUAAGAGUUUUGAAUUUAGGUUAUAACAACUUUCAAGGGAGCAUACCAGUUGAUGUGGGAAGUUGCCCAACUCUCUGGAGACUGCAACUUAACCAUAAUAACCUCUCAGGGGUUAUUCCAGAAUUUCCCGAAAAUCUGAACCUUGCAUACAUGAAUAUCAGUGGCAACAGCAUCACUGGAAAAAUUCCAUCAAACCUGGGGAACUGCACUAAUCUCACUUUCAUUGAUUUGUCCAUGAAUAAGCUUACUGGUUUUAUUCCUUCAGAGCUUGGUAAUCUUGCAAACCUUACAGAAAUGUUUCUGGCACAUAACCGUUUACAAGGUUGUUUCCCUUCUCAGUUAUCGACCUGGAAGAAAUUAGACGUGUUUGAUGUUGGUUUCAACUCAUUGAACUGUUCAAUUCCAUCAAGUUUGGGGAAUUGGACUAGUUUAUCGACUUUAAUUUUAGAAGAAAAUCAAUUUACUGGUGGCAUUCCACCAUUUCUUAAAGAACUUAAAAGGCUCAGUCUUUUAAGUAUGGGUGGAAACAUGUUGGCAGGGGAGAUUCCUUCUUGGAUUGGAGAACUGAAGAAUCUGCAAUAUGGUUUGAAUCUUAGAAAUAAUGGAUUGAUUGGUAAUAUUCCUUCAUCACUUGGGGAUUUGACCAACCUACAAAGUCUUGAUAUCUCUAGCAACAACCUGACAGGAAGUUUAGAUGCUCUUAAUAGUAUGCAGUCACUAAUGGAAGUUAAUAUUUCUUAUAACCGCUUCACUGGUCCAAUACCAGAAAAACUGAUGAAAUUAGUGAAUGCCUCAUUUUUGGGCAAUCCUGGCCUGUGUGUCAACUGUGCUAUGUCAAAUGGAUUGAAUUGCAAGGGAAAUGGAAAUUUCAGAGUUUGUGAUGGUAUUUCCAAAAAUGGGAAAAUCCUUAGUAAAACAGAAAUUGCGAUGAUCUCCCUUGGAUCAUCACUAGGUGUUGUUCUGCUUCUGGGAUUAGCUUUUAUGUUUCUACUUUGCAGAAGAAGAAAGCAGCAGGAAUUUUGCAAGUCUACGCAAGAGGAUGAUGAUGACCCUCUACUGAACCGAAUAAUGCGGGCAACUCGUAAUCUAAAUGAAAGCUUUAUUGUUGGAAAGGGAGCUCAUGGAGCUGUUUUUAAAGCAGAAUUAGGUCCAUCCAAUGUUUUUGCAGUGAAGAAGCUUGAAUUUGCAGAAGACAAAGAUGGAAGUCGAAGCAUGGUUAGAGAGAUUCAAAUUAUUGAGAAAAUCAGGCAUCGGAACUUGGUCAAAGUUGAAAACUUUUGGUUUAGAAAGGACUAUGGAUUAAUCUUGUACAAGUAUAUGGAAAAUGGGAGUCUUUAUGACGUUUUAUAUGCAAUGAAUCGGCCACAAAGGCUGGAAUGGAGGGAUCGAUAUAAAAUAGCCAUUGGAACUGCUCAUGGAUUGGCUUAUCUUCACUAUGAUUGUGAUCCACCCAUAUUGCAUAGAGACAUCAAACCACAGAAUAUACUAUUGGAUUCUGAAAUGGAACCUCAUAUCUCUGACUUUGGCAUUGCUAAGCUUCUUGAUCAUUCAACACCAUCCACCUCAAUUGCUGGUACAGUUGGAUAUAUUGCACCAGAAAAUGCAUUUAUGACAGCAUCGAGCAAGGAAUCUGAUGUAUAUAGUUAUGGCAUGAUUUUGCUCGAGUUAAUAACAAGAAAGAAGCCACUGGAUUCAUCAUUUGUGGAUGAAAUGGAUAUUGUUGGAUGGGUUAGGUCUGUUUGGAGUGAGACUCAAAAAAUCACCGCCAUUAUUGAUUCAAGCCUAAUAGAGGAAACUGUUGAUUCAAAUAUUGCAGAACAAAUUACUGGUGUGCUUUUACUUGCAUUGAGAUGUACUGAGAGGGAGCCGAGCAACCGACCGACAAUGAUAGAUGUUGUAAAGCAAUUGUCAGAUGUCGUUAUAGAAGCAAGAAAGCAUAGUUUAGCUUCCAAAGCUUUGUAGAACUUUCUGUCAAGAGCUAGAUCCAAUUUUGUAAAGCAAUUGUUAUAUGUGAAUACCCCUUGUAGAAGCAGAUAACAGCAUAGUUUAGCUUUCCAAGCUCUUUAGAUCUGAUAUUAUGUUUGCAUAUACCUAUGUAAUUCUGCUAUACAAUUUUAAUGUAUAGAAACCAUACUCAAUAAAAGAUAAAAUAUCAUUAAUAUAAUAAACAUUAU